AUGUCCGCCUUCAACCAUUUUAAAGCUCAUUGCAACUGCAAAAAGGGAUGUCAAGUCUGGAACACAUCAUCAACCGAAAUUCAUAAAAAACUAAUUAUAUGCUUUCUAUUGUCUUUACGUUCAGUAAAUAUUUCUGCCGUGUGCCAGCAUGAGCUCAAGACUCACCUGAAGGAAAGGUUCCAGCAUGUGUAUGAGGGAAUCGCUGAAGCAGGUCAGCCAUCACAGCUCAAUCUGAUCUACACAGAGCUCUUUGUCACCGAGGGAGUCAAUGGAGAGGUCAACAAGGAACAUGAGGUCAGAAUGAUUGAAAAAGCUUUCCGGGAGUCAGUAAAGGGUGAAAAAACAAUCAAAUGUGAAGACAUCUUUAAACGCUUACCUGGAAAAGAUCAUCCAAUCAGAACGAUAAUGACAACUGGAGUGGCAGGCAUUGGUAAAACCUUCUUAACACAAAAGUACACACUGGACUGGGCAGAAGGCAAAGGCAACACCGACAUAGACUUCAUAUUUCACUUCACUUUCAGAGAGCUAAAUUUACUGAGAGAGAAAAAAUUUAGCUUGGUGGAGCUUCUUCAUCACCUAUUCAUUGAAACUAAAAGAGCAGGAAUCUGCAGCUACGACCAAUACAACGUUGUCUUCAUCUUGGAUGGUCUGGAUGAGUGGCGACUUCCUCUGGACUUCCAGAACGAAAUCUGUACCGAUGUCAACAAGUCUUCCUCGCUCGGUGUGCUGCUGACUAACCUCAUCCGAGGCAACCUGCUUCCCUCCGCCCGCAUCUGGAUAACCACGCGCCCUGCGGCAGCCAAUCAGAUCCCUGCUGUCUCUGUUGACAGGAUGAUAGAGGUGAGAGGUUUCACCAAACCAAAAAAGGAUGAGUACUUCAGGAAAAGAUUCAGAGAAGGGACGCUGGCCAGCACAAUCAUCUCCCAUGUCAAAGCGUCACGAAGCCUCCACAUCAUGUGUCACAUCCCACUCUUCUGCUGGAUCACUGCUUCAGUUCUGGAGCACAUCUUGACCACAUGCAAGAGAAGAGAAGAGAUGCCCAAGACCCUGACUGGGAUGUACAUCCUCUUCCUGAGGGUUCAGUCCAUACGGAUGGGCAGGAAGUAUCGUGGAAGGGCUGAAACAGAUCCACCCUGGACACCAGAGAGUAGGCAGAUCAUUUUGUCUCUGGGAAAAUUGGCUUUUAACCAGCUGGCGAAAGGCAACCUGAUCUUCUACGAGGCAGAUCUGGCAAAGUGUGGUAUUGAUAUCAAAGCCGCCUCACAGUACUCAGGAAUGUUCACCGAGAUCUUUAAGGAGGAGUGUGGACUGUACAAUGAGAAGGUCUUCUCCUUUGUCCAUCUGAGCAUUCAGGAGUUUCUGGCGGCGGUUCAUGUCUUACAUUCCAUCAUCAGCUCUGGUAUAAAUCAGUUUACAGGAUCUUCUAAACUAAGCAAGGAAUAUGGGGUCCAACUCCUACACCAGAGUGCUGUGGACAAGGCCUCCGAGAGUGAGAACGGACACCUGGACUUGUUCCUCCGCUUCCUCCUUGGCCUCUCUAUGGAGGAAAAUCUGAUUCUCCUACAAGGCCUGCUGGAUCACACAGAAAUCUGCCUGCGGAGCAAUCAGGAAACAGUUGUGUACAUUAAGAAGAAAAUAAGUGGAGAUCCCUCUCCAGAGCGAUGUAUCAACCUGUUCCACUGUCUGAAUGAGCUGAACGACCAAUCUCUAGUGAAGGAGAUCCAACAAUACCUGGCAUCAGGAAGACUCUCCAGAACUACUCUCUCCCCUGCUCAGUGGUCAGCUCUGGUCUUCAUCUUACUGUCAUCAGAAGAGGAGCUGGACGUGUUUGACCUGAAGAAAUACACUGCUUCAGAGGAGGGUCUUCUGAGACUGCUGCCAGUGGUCAAAGCCUCCAAAACAUCUUUGCUGAUCAGCUGUAAUCUGUCAGAGAGAUGCUGUGAAGCUCUGGCCUCGGUUCUCAGCUCUGAGUCCUCUAGUCUGAGAGAGCUGGACCUGAGUACCAAUGAUCUGCAGGAUUCAGGAGUAAUACUGCUCUCUGCUGGACUGGGGAGUCCACAAUGUAGACUGGAAACUCUCAGGUUGUCUGGCUGCCUGCUCACACAGGAAGGCUUUGCUUCUCUGGCCGCAGCUCUGAGCUCCAACCCCUCCCAUCUGAGAGAGCUGGACCUGAGCUACAAUCACCCAGGAGACUCAGGGCUGACACUGCUCUCUGCUGGACUGGAGGGUCCCCACUGGAAACUGGACACCCUCAGUGUUGACCACGGCGAGGUUUCGAGGCUGGAAUCAGGUUUGAGGAAGUACGCCUCUGACUUCACAUUGGACCCAAACACAGCCCACCGUGAACUCUCUCUCUCUGAGGACCAGAGAAAGGUGACCAACGUUGAGGAGCAGGAGGGGUGUAAUGUCUCCAGACAGGUGUUGUGUGGACAGGCUCUGACUGGCCGCUGUUACUGGGAGGUAGAGUGGAAAGGGGAGGUUUAUAUCGGAGUGGCGUACAGAGGAAUAACAAACCAAGGAAAGAGUGAUGGGACUUGUCUUGGAUACAAUGACCAGUCCUGGAGUCUUUAUUGUUUUGGUGAUCGGUUCUCUGCCUGGUACGACAGUAUAAGGACAAGGAUAAGCUUCCACUGCUCUAAUAAUAACAGAGUAGGAGUAUAUUUGGACCGACCUGCUGGCACCCUGUCCUUUUACAGUGUGUCCCCAGGUGUAGGAGGGCCCUCAGACACACUGACGCACAUUCACACCUUCAAGUCCACAUUCACUCAUGGCAACCUCUUUCCUGGGUUUGGGUUGAACCGCUAUGGUUCCUCAGUGUCCCUAUGUCGGCUCUAGUUAGCCCACACACACAGACACACACUCACUCACUCACUCACUCACUCACUCACUCACUCACUCACUCACUCACUCACUCACUCACUCACUCACUCACUCACUCACUCACUCACUCACUCACUCACUCACUCACUCACUCACUCUUUGUUAAAUCUGAUUAUAUAGAAUUAUUUCAGUUAGGGACAUUUAUUUUCAUAUAGUGAUCAUUGAGCUAUAUUCAUCAAUCUAAUUCAAAAGUUUAUAUUUCUUUUCUAUCAAACUGCUACUUUUUUAUGAUUUGAGGCAAUGUAAUAAAUUGAAAUGGUGUUGAAUUUUUUGCUCUUAAAUAAACAUUAAUUAAACUAGUUUUAAUUGUUAGAUAAAGAAACUAACACUUGUUAUUCAAACAUUUAAAUGAAAUACACUGUAGCGACCCACGGGGCUGCGUCGUCAUAUUGGUUAGCGCGCAAAGGGUCUUUAAGGCAAGGCAAGGCAACUUUAUUUAUAUAUCACUUUUCAUACACAAGGCUGACUCAAAGUGCUUCACAUAUAAACAUUGUCAUACAAUAAAAUAAAAUAAUAGGUAAGUAAAAGAAAAACAUAUGCAAAAAAUAGAAAGUUAAAAAGGCAUUUUAGUAUUAAAAUAGAAAAUAAAGGCAAAGUUAUUUAUCAGAAAGCUAUAGCAAACAUAAAAGUCUUCUUUAAGAGUUUUGUGUUUAGGGGAUUUUACUGCGUAAAGUGUUCUGAUUGUUUUGUUGUUUUGGUUCAUGGUUCCGUGACACAGACCAUUGUAAACUGACUGACGAUGUAGGACCUUUGUUCAAAUGUAUAUUCUGUGUUUAAAGUGGGUUUAUGUGUAUCAAAAUAAAAGUAACCCCCGGGGGUCAUGCGUUUUA